UAGUCCGCCGCCGCUGAGGGGUUUGCCAACGACGCUGUCCGCCGAGCGUCCCGAGAGGCGCGCCACGGGGGCCUCAGCCGUUCGGCGGGGAAAAUGGCGGACGGAGAGGCGUCGGGGCUGCUGCUCCUGGGGCUCCCCCCGCGGCCUCCCCCCGAAGGCGGAGAGGAGGAGGAGGAGGAAACUGACCAGCCCAAUGGCACUGAUGACUCUGGGCAAACUGAGAGCCACAAACCAGACGUGGAAAUAAUUGAUGAUGAAGUGAAAAUCGAAAUGGAGGAAGCAGAGCAAGAGUCUAUAAAGGAACCUAACACUAAUCUAUUGGAUCCAUUAUCCAACCCUCUAAGAGAGAAACAUAUUUCAAUUCAAAGGACGCUUGCUGAUUUAGAGAAGCUGGCUGACCUGAAGGAAGGUUGCUUAACCACAUCUGUUUCUGAGAAUGCAGGUGACAAGAAGUUAUGCCCACUGUGCCCUGAAGAAAGGUUCAAGGCUUGUUCUGGUCAUAAGCUCUAUCGGCACAUUCAGAAUCUCCACUGGAAAGUAUCUGUUGAAUUUGAAGGUUACAGAAUGUGCAUAUGUCACUUACCUUGCCACCCUGUGAAACCAAAUGUCUCUGCAGAUCUGAUAUCGGCAAAGAUGGGAUCCCAUUAUCACUGUCUAAUUUGUUCAGCAACAAUUACCCGAAGGACUGAUAUGACAGGACACGUUAAACGCCAUGUCAAUAAAGGAGAAACUGAAUCAAGGUUUAUGUCAGCUCCUAAGCCUACGUGUGAAAUAGUGAAAGAGGCAGAUACAGAUGUGCAGGUUCUUCCUAACUAUACUACCCCACAGAAAACAGAUUCAUAUUUUAAUCCCAAAAUGAAACUUAACAGGCAGCUUACAGUCUGUGCUUUAGCUGUCCUAGCAGAGGAACGAAAACCUUUGGAAUGUUUAGAUGCAUUCGGAGCCACAGGUAUAAUGGGGCUGCAGUGGGCAAAGCAUCUGGGAAAUUCUGUGAAGGUCACAAUUAAUGACUACAAUGAAAAAUCAGUUACAAUGAUACGGGAGAACUGCCAUUUGAAUAAGAUGAAGGUAGUAAUGAAUCUCAGGGAAGAGGAGGACUGUGAUGAAGCAGUGGAAGAAGGAGAAGAAAACUUCCCUGUCAUUGAGGUUACAAAAAUGGACGCCAAUGUCAUCAUGCAUUUGAGAGCAUUUGAUUUUAUCCAUCUGGAUCCAUUUGGGUCAUCUGUAAACUAUCUAGAUGCAGCCUUCAGAAAUGUAAGAAACCUUGGCAUUGUGUCAGUGACAUCAACAGAUAUCAGUUCUCUCUAUUCGAAGGCCCAGCAUGUGGCUCAGAGGCACUACGGCUGCAACAUUGUCAGGACGGAGUACUACAAGGAGCUGGCUGCUAGGAUGAUAGUUGCUGCAGUGGCAAGAGCUGCUGCUCGAUGCAACAAAGGCAUUGAGGUUUUGCUCACAGUGGCUCUUGAGCAUUUUGUCCUUGUGGAGGUGAGGGUGUUGAGAGGGCCUUCUCCUGCAGACGAUACAGCCAAGAAAAUUCGGUACUUAAUCCAUUGUCAGUGGUGUGAAGAAAGGGUAUUCAAGAAAGAGGGCAACAUGAUAGAAGAGAAUCCUUAUCGGCAGCUCCCCUGCGACUGCCAUAGCCGCAUGACAGGCAAGACAGCAAUUGAACUUGGCCCUUUAUGGUCGGGUUCCCUCUUCAACACUGCUUUUCUCAGAAGAAUGUUGUUUGAAGCAGUGCAGUAUGGUUUAGAAGACAUUCAGCCGCUUCUAAAAACUCUCAUCUGUGAAGCAGAGUGUACAAUCCUAAAGCAGUUUUCAAUCCAUGGCCCCAGCAACCAGAACAAACAAGAAGAAUGUGGUGUGAUUAUUAGGACACCAGAUGCUACAGCGGAAUACUUUGUUGUACAUGGGAAAAGAACAGGUAAUGAAGUUAGUCAGAAUGGUGCAAAGCGUCAGAAACUAGAAAGUAAUGCUGAACAUCCUGCAUUUUAUUACAAUAUUCACAGACACAGCAUUAAGGGAAUGAACAUGCCAAAGUUAAAUAAGUUCUUGCAUUAUCUCUCUCAAGCCGGCUAUCGAGUGAGUCGAACUCAUUUUGACCCAAUGGGUGUACGUACCAAUGUCCCCCUGGUGCAGUUUAAAUCUAUCUUAGUGAAAUACAGCACUCCUACAUAUACAGGAGGACCAACUGAAAGCCCUCUACACUCUUCUGAAGAUUCCCAGCCAGUAACAGAAAGUGACUUUGCAGAGGAAAGCAUAUAAUACAGGACCUGGCAAAAUUUGUCCUGACACUAUUAGAGAGACCUUUGAAGAUGUAGGUUCAAGUUGUUUUCAUGUAAUGUUUGCCUCUUAAAGUUAAUUCAUUUUUCAACCA